AUGUCUUCAUACCCCGUGACAUACAAUGGCACCAUCGCAACUGGUGGUGACUCGUUGACAGAGGACUUGAAUAUCUACUACGAUGCUGGUGAUAUUGCGUGGAUUAUUACAUCCUCUGCGUUGGUUUUGCUUAUGAUUCCUGGUGUUGGCUUCUUCUACUCAGGUCUCGCUCGACGAAAGUCCGCCCUUUCGCUGAUAUGGCUGUCUAUCAUGUCGGUCGGUGUCGUGUCGUUUCAGUGGUUCUUCUGGGGUUACUCCCUAUCCUUCUCUCACACAGCCGGAACAUUCAUCGGUGACCUCGAGAACAUUGGAUUGAGAAACGUUUUGGCCGCACCGUCCGUGGGAGGUACCCAUGUUCCCGAUAUCCUCUUCUGCAUUUUCCAGGGCAUGUUCGCCGCCAUUACUGUUGCCCUCGCUGCCGGUGCCAUUGCUGAGCGUGGCCGCAUGCUUCCCUGCAUCAUCUUCAUGUUCGUCUGGACAACCGUCAUCUACGACCCUAUUGCCUGCUGGACAUGGAACUCUUCGGGUUGGGUUUACAAGAUGGGUGGAUUGGACUUCGCUGGUGGUACUCCCGUCCACAUUUCAUCCGGCUGUGCUGCCCUCGCCUACUCCCUGAUGCUGGGCAAGCGUCGUGGUCACGGUACUCACGAGCUCAACUACCGCCCUCACAACGUCACCCACGUUGUCAUCGGUACCGUCUUCCUCUGGGUUGGUUGGUUCGGUUUCAAUGCCGGUUCCGCCUUGGCUGCUAACCUGCGCGCUGUCAUGGCCGCUGUCGUGACCAACCUCGCUGCCUCGGUCGGUGGUGUGACCUGGUGUCUCCUGGAUUACCGUCUCGAGCGCAAGUGGUCCACGGUCGGCUUCUGCUCUGGUGUCAUUGCCGGUCUGGUCGCUAUUACCCCCGGCUCUGGCUUCGUUACCCCUUGGGCCGCUUUCAUCUUCGGUGUUGUCGGUGCUGUCGCUUGCAACUACGCUACCAAGCUGAAGUUCCUGCUGCAAGUUGACGAUGCUCUUGAUAUUUUUGCUGUCCACGGUAUUGGUGGUCUGGUUGGCAACCUGCUGACCGGCCUCUUUGCCGCUGAUUACAUUGCUCACCUCGACGGUGUUACUGACAUCCCCGGUGGCUGGAUCAACAAGAACUACAUCCAGCUUGGUUAUCAGCUUGCGGACUCCAUGUCUGGUGCUGCCUACUCUUUCUUCGGAACCUGCAUCAUCCUCUUCAUUCUCAACCUCAUUCCCGGAUGCAGCCUUCGUGCUCCCGAGGAGGAUGAGAUCAUGGGUAUUGAUGAUGCUGAGAUUGGCGAGUUUGCCUACGACUAUGUCGAGGUCCGUCGUGAUAUUGUCCAAGGCAUUGAGAGCGUUGAGACUAGCUCCAAGCGGACCAUGACACCGACUGGCGAGAUGGCCGCCGUUGUUGACACCAAGGCGUAA